AUGAUAUAUUCUCGUUUUGCUCUUCUUUCAAUACGUAAAUGUAUUUUUUAUAUAAAACCUUCAUUUCGUUUAUCAUCUACAUCACGUCCUAUUUAUUAUGAAUCGGUUUCUCAACAUGCAAAUCAAGUAGCAUUAAUUGAUCAUUCAUCUUCAUAUACUUAUGGUCAACUUUAUUCCUUUUCACGUAAACUUUCUCGUCGUCUUGUCCCACUUUGCCAACAACAGCAACAACAACAACAGAAAUUAACUGAUGAUGGACUUGAUAAACGUAAUGUACAAUUAGGUAUUUUAUGCCCAAAUGAUGCUUCAUUUAUUAUUGCUAUGUGGGCUUCAUGGAUGGUUGGCGCAACUGUAGUUCCUCUAUCAUUACAACAUCCACCUUCAUCACUUGCUUAUUUUCUUAAUGAUGCACAAUGUCGAGGAGUCAUUGUUGGUGAUGAUCGAAGUAAUGAAUUAAUCAAAACAACAUUAGAAAAUAAUUCACAAAUUGAUAUACCUAUUAUAAAUAUCAAUAAAAAAAAUUUAUCAGCAAAAGUUACAUAUGAUGAUAUUAAUGAUGAUCUUUUAUUAUCAACAACAAUUGAUCGUACUGAACGAUCAAAUGCUUUAAUUAUAUAUACAAGUGGAACAAGUGGUAAACCAAAAGGAUGUGUAUUAACAUUUGAUGCUGUUCAAGCACAUGUUGAUUCAAUGAUAAAAGCAUGGGGAUGGACAAAAGAUGAUGGUAAAAUUUAUUUUUGA